AUAACUCUUCAACGACGUUCACUUUUCUCAAUCUCCUCCCAUUUGCACAUUUGUAAAGCGCGUUGAGAGAGAAAGAGAAGCAGAAGGGAAGCGAGAGAAAGGUCCGUGCCAUACGAAGUGCGGGGAUUCUCAGCCACUUCUUUGCCUUCAGCUUCUCCUGCUUCGCACUCUAACCAUCUUCAGGAAAUCUUAUGGCUGCAACAGCUACUGUUUCACCUGGGCCGCGUUAUGCACCUGAAGAUCCAUCGUUACCAAAACCAUGGAGAGGGUUGGUGGAUGGGAAAACUGGGUACUUGUACUUUUGGAAUCCAGAGACUAAUGUGACACAGUAUGAGAGACCUGGUUCAUCUUCUCAUGGUUGCUCGAUUCCGUCAAGGCCUUUCUCGGGUUAUGUAAGUUCUUCAGCCCAAGUACAACAGUCCUCUAAUGGACAUAAGGAUGAUAAUGAUGAUAAAUACAAUAGAGGUAGCAGCGGAGAAAGGAUUCAACAGAGCGCCAGAGGUGGAAAUACUCCAAAUGAAGCAGUUAGUGAAAGAUCUACUAUAGAGCAUGUACCUGUGGAUGCAGUUAGCGGUUUAUCUGCUGAAGCUUAUCGUCGUCGGCAUGAGAUAUCUGUUUCUGGAACUGGUGUGCCCCCACCUUUCAUAACUUUUGAAGCUACUGGUUUCCCUUCUGAACUGCUGAAAGAGGUACACCAGGCUGGCUUUUCUGCUCCUACACCUAUUCAGGCACAAUCGUGGCCAAUUGCAAUGCAAGGUCAAGAUAUAGUGGCAAUUGCUAAAACAGGUUCCGGAAAAACCUUAGGCUACCUACUUCCAGGUUUUAUGCACCUCAAGCAGCGCCGCAACAAUCCACAAAUGGGCCCAACUGUGUUGGUAUUGUCACCAACAAGGGAAUUGGCGACGCAGAUUCAAGACGAGGCUGUGAAAUUUGGGAGAUCCUCUAGAAUAGCUUGCACGUGUUUAUAUGGAGGAGCGCCCAAAGGCCCACAAUUGAAGGAGUUAGAUAGAGGAGUAGACAUCGUAGUAGCUACUCCUGGUCGUUUGAAUGAUAUCCUAGAAACAAGGAGGGUUAGCUUGAAUCAGGUCUCCUACUUGGUACUUGAUGAGGCAGAUCGGAUGCUGGACAUGGGUUUCGAGCCACAAAUUAGAAAAAUUGUGAAGGAGUUACCCACUCGUCGCCAGACUCUGAUGUACACAGCAACAUGGCCUAAAGAGGUCCGGAAGAUUGCGGCAGAUUUACUGUCAAAUGCUGUCCAAGUUAAUAUUGGUAAUGCGGAUGAACUUGUUGCCAACAAGUCGAUCACCCAGCACGUGGAAGUACUGUCUUCUAUGGAAAAACAAAGACGGUUGGAGCAGAUAUUGAGAGCUGAAGAACCAGGAUCAAAGAUCAUAAUCUUUUGUUCAACUAAAAAGAUGUGUGAUCUUCUUGCUCGUAAUUUGUCACGUCAAUUUGGAGCAGCUGCAAUUCAUGGUGACAAGUCCCAGAGUGAACGGGACCAUGUACUAAAUCAGUUCCGGUCUGGAAGAUCUCCCGUCCUGGUUGCUACAGAUGUUGCAGCCCGUGGUCUGGAUGUAAAAGAUAUCAGGGUGGUAGUCAACUAUGACUUCCCUACAGGAAUUGAGGACUAUGUUCACAGGAUUGGGAGAACUGGAAGAGCAGGUGCAACUGGAGUGGCUUAUUCCUUCUUUAAUGACCAGGAUAGUAAAUAUGCUUCUGAUCUUGUAAAAAUUCUGGAAGGGGCGAAUCAAAAGGUUCCUCAGGAGGUCCGUGAUAUGGCACUUCGAGGUGGUGGUGGUGGAAUGGGUAGGUUUAGACGAUUUGGUUCUGGAUCUGGUGGUCGUGAUGGAGGCCGGGGCGGGAGAAGUGACUCGAGCUAUGGUGGCAGGGAUGGAGGAAGGGGUCGUGAUAGGUAUGAUAGUUAUGAUAGAGGUUACCAAGCUAGAGGGCGGAGCCGAAGUCCAAGUCCCACUGGUCAGAAGGCGUGGGGUGGUAAUCAAGUCAAGGAUCAGGGGUGGAGCCGUGGGAGAAGUAGAAGCCGCAGCCCUGAAAAGAUUAACAAAGGCCAACCAGGAAAAAGUUUUCACGAAAUGAUGAUGGAAAAGACUCGUUCUUCUCCUAUGUUUCCACAAAAAACUCCAGCUGCUGAUUAUGGUAAUGGCCAGUCAGCAUGGGGGAAAUCAAAUGACGAGGAAGAAGAGGAAGGUGCUAUUCCCUCGUGAACAUAUGUCAAGUGUUUACAAAGCUAAGCUGACUUGGUUACUACAUUUUUUGGUCGAAUAUGAUAGGGGUUAUGAUGUAUGUGAAAAUCCCAUAUGAUAUUGGUGUCUACUAUUGUCUACUAUGUGGGAUUUUACCUUAAUGACAGACAGUCAAACUUUUGUACUGUAAUUGGAAGUAAAUGGCAAUGGACAGGACAGAAAUGCAGGUUUCUUGAUGUUUUGCAAGUUUAAAGAGGAGUACCCAUUUAAAAUAGGGAUUAACUUUGAAAUAGCGUGGGAUGUAUCUCCACUGUAUUUGUAUUUAUGCAGGCUGUGCUUUCAAAUGACUUUUGGUGGUUUGUGUAUAAAUGCUUCAUUUUUUGUUUGA